AUGGACUGGUUCCACUGUAAUCAGUGCUUUACAAGGAGUGGGUCGAAGUUUGCCGUGAGCAGCUGCGGCCACAUCUGCUGUGAAGCAUGCAUUACAUCUGAGCAGUGCAGUGUCUGUGGAGCCACCUGCAGUUUUCUGCCCAUCACAGACCAGAUGAAGCCUCAAGAAAGGGUGUUUUUCAAAGAUCCUGUGAAGCUCAUCCAGUCCCGGCUGGAGCACAUCUCACAGAUUGCACUUUUUCAGCGGACACAGAUGGAAAGAGUCACGGCACACUUCAAGCAUAAGUCUGUGGAGCUGGAAAGGCAUCUGAAGGAAGUCAGUGAGCAGGCUUACAGGCAACUCUCCGAGCUGAAAAGAGAGAACGCUAACUUUAAAAAGCAGCUUUCAGAACUGAAAAGAGAGACUGCUGAUUUGAAAAAGCCCCUUUCUCAGCGGCGGGUUUCACCAGGACAGUUUCAAAUAGAUGGAAAUCAAAGAAUGUCACUCCCUGUGGCUGUCACCUCCCCAGUUACCCCUCGUCCAAGAACCAUGAGUUACAUGGGCUCAGCGGAGUCUCAGGUGUGGGCCAGAAACAGGGGUCAUAGUCUAUCCUCUCUCACAACUCCUGGAUCAGCUACCCCUAUUCACAGCCACAGUUCACUUCAUGGACACAGAACUCCAAUAUCCUACAACACUCCUACUCCUACAAGAACUCAGCGUCAGACUCCUAAUGCCUUCCAGUUCCCGUUUAUGAGUGGAUUAUCAUUACAGUCACCCAGGCACUGAUUUAAGGAGUCUUUA